ACGUCGUUGCCAUUAGGCCAAUUACUUAUCAAUGGGCAUUGGGCAAUGAGUCGAUCCCCAUGUCUAAUUAGCAAGUAAACCUAACUGAAGCUGAUAUAAUUCAACAAAAUUGCAGCGGACUUCAAAAUCCUUGCUUCAACGGUGAAUGUGAAAGUAGAAUUGAGAAAAUGAUAUCAAUUUGGCGGCAAAUCUCCCGAACUAUCUCUUCUCCAUCAUCAACUCCACUUCCUUCUAGGUUCUUCUCAACAUCAUCGCCAUAUGUAGUAAAGGUUGGAAUUCCGGAAUUCUUGAAUGGGAUAGGGAAAGGAGUGGAGGGUCAUGUGGAAAAGCUUGAGUCUGAAUUUGGGGACCUCCAAAAGUUGCUCGUUGUUCGUACGCUGAAACUCAAGAAACUUGAGAUUCCUUGUAAACAUGUCAGUUUCUUAUGUGGAGAACACAUGUCAGAGAGAUCCAAACUUGAAUCGCGAGAAGACUGAGGCAGACAUGACAAUACAUGAUUGAAGAAAGAUAUUGAUGACUUCAUGAGUUGUGGAAAUUGCACCACUAGGGAAUUGGAUCACUGAAACCCUUUAAGAAAGUACUGUGGGAAGUGUUAGUCUUGGAAUAAAAGCCCUGAGGAUCAUUUUUGAUGUAUAAAUUAACUCAUGACCGGAGGGGUUUAGAAUUGUGGCAUAAUGAUUUAAUAUUUCACAGUAAAUUUGAAGAGGUACUUUAUAUUGGUUUCAUGUGUCACACACUACGCUAGGUGUAGUUGAUGUUGUAGUGAUGCUUUGUACAUCUGAAUAUGGAGUGAUAGUAGAUGCAAAAUAUUUCUAGUUGGGUAGCGUUUCUUAUUUGUAAAAUAGUUGUUUCAAAGUAUGAAUCCAAGUUAAUACACAUUUCAGAUUUUUGGAGAUCAAGAGUUUUAGCAUUCUACCUACUAAUCCUGGGAGGAAAGUCUGUUGUUUGACCUCUUUUGGUAUUCCAAUUAGGACUUGAAUAAUGUUUUUUAUCCUUUUCUUUUCCUUGUUUGUUUUGGGUGGAGGGGUGGGGUGUUCCUCUGUUUUUGAAUAGGGAGUAUAUUUAAUGAUUGCAGCUUAGUUCAAAAGGCUCCAUUGAUAUCUUAAUAGCUCAAAUGGUUUCAGAUAGUCUAAUUUAUAACAGUGACAUUCGGGAUAGAGAUGCUCAAAUGGUUUCAUAAAACUGGUGAUUUCACUUUCAAUAGUCGCUGCUAAACAGAUUAACUGUUGGGCAUUCUUUCAUGCACAGUUUGAUUUUACUUUCCUAGUCAAUUAUACUAUUAAGCAUUUUUUUCCACCCCUGCUCUUAAUACCUAUCAAGUAACGUAUUGUCAAUGCCUCAUUUUUAUGAGGAUUUAUCAUGAUCUAACUAAUUUCUGAUGUCAUUGCAUUAAGGUCAUCCCUAUAUAGGUAACAGCUUUUAAUUCUACCUCGACUUCCUGACAUGACGCUUAUGUACAUGAAUUUUUGAAAUU